GCGGCUGCCACCACCAGCACCAGCACCACCAUUGCUCAACAGAAAAAAGUCGUUAGCGCGUUUUGUUAUUCACCUGAUAGCGUUGGAUUGGAGCUGGCCCGCGCGACCGGGGAUGUUCACGGUUUACUCCCGCAGCUAAACGAGGAUGUGCCGCUUGUGGUUUUGACGCGCCGCCCGCACUCCCGUUCGUCGAGACGCGUAGCAGCUAGCUUGGGUUAGCUUGGGUUAGCUGUCCCGUGCCGUGCGUUUAUAUCGCGACAACUUUUUUUGUUAAAUUGUACCCGUGUUUGAUUUGGCUGCCGCGCUGCAGCUGGUGUGUUAUCUUGUAUUUCUCUGCACACAUCGGAGGAACUGAGAGCUUCAGACGAUGCUGGCGACCGGAGCGGCUGUGACUAAUGUGACAGCUCUGGCCCAGGUGGACCGGGAGAAGAUCUACCAGUGGAUCAAUGAGCUGUCCAGUCCGGAGACCAGGGAGAACGCGUUGCUGGAGCUGAGCAAGAAACGGGAAUCCGUGCCGGACCUGGCGCCCAUGCUGUGGCACUCCUGUGGCACCAUUGCUGCCCUGCUGCAGGAGAUCGUGAACAUCUAUCCAUCUAUAAAUCCACCCACACUGACGGCUCACCAGUCGAACCGAGUGUGCAAUGCCCUGGCACUUCUGCAGUGUGUCGCCUCGCACCCGGAAACACGGUCGGCGUUCCUCGCUGCUCACAUUCCUCUUUUCCUUUACCCCUUCCUGCACACUGUGAGCAAAACACGGCCAUUUGAGUACCUGCGACUCACCAGCCUCGGCGUCAUCGGUGCUUUGGUCAAAACGGAUGAACAAGAAGUGAUAAACUUCCUCCUCACCACUGAAAUCAUCCCGCUGUGUCUCCGUAUUAUGGAAUCUGGCAGUGAACUAUCCAAGACGGUUGCAACUUUCAUACUUCAGAAGAUCCUCUUGGAUGACACAGGGCUGGCCUACAUAUGUCAGACUUAUGAACGUUUUUCCCAUGUGGCUAUGAUCCUGGGCAAAAUGGUGUUGCAGCUCUCGAAAGAACCAUCAGCACGUCUGCUGAAGCACGUUGUUCGCUGCUACCUUCGCCUCUCAGAUAAUCUCAGAGCCAGAGAAGCCCUGCGUCAGUGUUUGCCCGACCAGCUGAAAGACAGCACCUUUGCUCAGGUGCUGAAGGACGACACCACCACCAAGCGCUGGCUCGCACAACUGGUCAAGAACCUGCAGGAAGGUCAAGUCACUGAUGCCAGAGGCAUCCCGCUGGCUCCACAGUGACAAGGACAAAGUGUGUGCUGACGGCAGACACAGAAGGACUGUGCACAAAGUCUCACAGUGUAGAUUUUGCGCUCGGCCAAAUGUGGUGCGAUAACACUGUCUGCAAACGAAAGGGACUUAAUAAAGGAGGAAGAUGUUUUGCUUUUGGAUGGAUUGCAAUCAACAAAUUUGUGUCAUCACCUCCGCUUGAGGCUUCUAUCCCAACUGAAAGGCUUCUUAUUGAGAGCCUGGCAGAUAGAGAGAGAGAUCCAUAGAUAGCUUUUCAAAGCUGAUAUCAAUAAUGAUAUUGGCUGAUAUUUGUUUUGUUUGACAUAAAUGUGACAAAAGUUUUGGCAAGAGCCCUCCGACAUUGGUUGAUUUAAAAGUUCUAAGAUAUAUCUGCGUUUGAUAUGUUACAGCUUUACAAAACAUUCAUAACAAUAACAGUUCUUAAACAGUUAACUUCACUGGGAAUUAUAUAUAACUCAAAAUGUGGAAUGAGAAAAAUGUCCCAAUGUACAAAAAGAUGCAGCCUGUAAAACAUCUAUUGCUGCGGUAGAUUGGAAUAUCUGUCAACAUUCAGUUCUGUACUUGUAUGAUGACAUUGGUGAGAAGCAGGAUUGUUGGUGAUGUCAACCAGAAGAUAUCACGUUCAACUUUGAUCCUUUCACUUCAUUGUGACCAGCAAAGACUUUUUAAUCUUCCAUAGGACUUGUUUCUUUUUUUUUUGCCACCAGAGCCUCUGUGGACCGAUGUAACAUCCAGCAGUUUGCUAACAGUGACUGUGUUUCACUGUACUUUGUUUUUACUGUGACUGUAUUUGGUGGCGCAAUAAGAAAUCUCAGAAGCUGGUCUUGAUCAAAAAUGUUUCAUAAAUAAACAGUUUUCCACUCUA